AUGGGCCGGUGGCGGGGCCGGGCGCGGGGCGUCGCGGUGGCGGUGGCGCACGGGCUGUGCUCGGGCUCGCUGAACAUCCUGCUCAAGUUCCUGCUGGCCCGCUACCACUUCGCCUUCCUGACGCUGCUGCAGUGCCUCAGCAGCGCGGCGGCGGCGCUGGGGCUGGAGGCGCUGCGGCGGCGGGGGCUGGCGGCGCUGCCCCCCUUCGGGCCCCGCCUGGCGCGCCCCUUCGCCGCCGUGGCCGCCCUGGCCACGCUGCAGUCCACGCUCACCCUGUGGUCGCUGCGCGGCCUCAGCCUGCCCAUGUACGUCGUGUUCAAGCGCUGCCUGCCCCUCGUCACCCUCCUCACCGGCGCCCUGGUGCUCCGCGACGGCAUGCCCUCGCCCGGCGUGCUGGUCGCCGUGCUCAUCACCACCUGCGGCGCCGCGCUGGCCGGAGCUGGUGACCUGACCGGGGAUGCCAUGGGCUACGUGACGGGCGUGCUGGCCGUGCUGAUACACGCCGCCUACCUGGUGCUCAUUCAGAAGACCAGCGUAGACAGUGAAUACGGACCCCUGACGGCCCAGUACGCCAUCGCUGUCUCAGCCACCCCCUUUCUCAUUAUCUGUUCCUUUGCCAGCAUGGACUCCAUCAACGUCUGGUCGUUCCCGGGGUGGAAGGACCCCGCCAUGGUUUGCAUCUUCAUUGCUUGUGUCCUGAUUAGCUGUGCCAUGAACUUUACCACCCUUCACUGCACUUACAUCAACUCGGCCGUGACCACCAGCUUCGUCGGGGUGGUGAAGAGCAUAGCAACCAUCACGGUGGGCAUGGUGGCCUUCAACGACGUGGAGCCCACCAAGCUGUUUAUAGCCGGUGUCGUGGUCAACACCCUGGGGUCUGUCAUCUACUGCGUGGCCAAGUACAUUGAGACCAGGCGGCAGAGCACCUACGAGGACCUGGAGAAGGAAGCUAGAGCGGAAGAGGGAGCGAGGCAGGAUGGGGACCAGGCACUGUUUGCCAUGGAGGCGAUUUCCCAGGAGAAGGGGGCCGAGGAGGCGGCAGUGGAAGGGUCAACCAAAGGGGACAGCCAGAGCGGAGGGGAGGAGAAGGGCGGCACUGAGGAACCCACCGAGGCACCGGCGGUCCAGGGGAAAGCCGCUGGCGCACCAGAAAGGAACAGGAGCUCGCUGAAGGAUGCCUAUCUCGGAGUAUGGAGGUUGGUGAGGGGUGCUAAUUAUAUAAAGAAGGAUUAUUUGAUAGAAAAUGAAGAGCUACAGAGUCCUUGA